AUGGCUUCUAAAAUGAAAGGAAUUUUCAAAAGUUUCAAAUUCAUCAAACAAAUUUUUGUGAAAGAACGUGAGAUAGAAAUUGGGUACCCGAUGGAUGUGAAGCAUGUAUCUCAUAUCGGGUUGGAUAGUACGUCUCCAUCCGGUUCGAAUCCGAGCUGGAUGAAUGAAUUUAGAACCGGCGAUGUGAGUGAGAGAAGAGAUUCCAGUUCAACCGCCAUAACUGCUCUCACUCAUUGGUCCACUCAUUCCCAAGAAUUCGAUGUUUCAAUAGGUUACCAAUCGGCAUCCGACAUGUCGAUGGAGCUUCAGCAGCCACAACUUCCAAAGAAACCAAAGAAAAAAAGGAAUUGCAAGAACAACAGCUCCUCCUCCUCCUCCUCCUCCUCCUCCUCCUCCUCUUCACGUCUCUUCCUCCCACGCCCCACACUUGGCAAUAACAUUCUGGGAUUCAUUCCACCCACACUUGCACUUGGUCCUAUUGACCGAACGUAUUGUAUUGGUGAAAGAGUUGGAGAGUGA